AUGGACCGGCUGACGAGGAGGAGAGCUCCACUGCGGGCAACCAUCACAAAAACGGUAAACGACAUUGAUGAAGAACUGGAAAAGGACCCACCAGAUCAAGAAGUUCUCAACCUGAAACUGAACAAGUUGGGGAGGCUGUUGACAGAAGUGGGGGACCUGGACCAGAAGGUUAAAGAUGCAAUGUUAGAUGCAGAUUGCACCGAUGCCGAAUACGAGGCAGAAAUCAACGUCAUUCAAGAUUAUGAAGACAAGAUUCAUGCUACGCGAUUCAAAGUGGAGAAAGUGCUUCGACCAGGAGGCAAAACUCCCAGCCCACCAGCGAGUUUCUACAGUGUAGAGUCUGAAGGACAUCAGAAGAAGACCUUCAAACUUCCCAAGAUUCAACUGAAGAAGUUCAGUGGGGAUUUGAAGGAAUGGCUAGGGUGGUGGUCUCAAUUCUCUAAAAUUGACGAAGAUGAGGAACUUCACGCUAGUGACAAAUUCCAAUAUCUACUGCAAUGCAUGGUGACUGGAUCAAGAGCAAGAGGACUAGUUGAAAGCUUCCCAAUGACAGCCGAAAACUAUCCCAAAGCAAUUAUCGCCCUAAAGGAGAGAUUCGGAAAGGAGAAACUUCUUCAACAAGUUUAUGUCCGUGAACUAUUAAGAUUGGUCAUCGCAACGGCCAAAUCUAAGGAAAAGAUAGUUUUGUCCGAACUCUACGAUAAGGUGGAGACACAGCUACGGGCCCUGGAGUCUCUCGGUAUCAAGCCAGAGCACACCACCCUGUUCCUUUUCCCGAUGGUGGAAUCAUGCCUACCUGAAGAAACCCUUACGACCUGGCAUCACAGUCCGCUACGGAAAGAAGACGGAAGCAAGCUAGUCCCACCAAAGAAUGAACUUCAUUUUCUCAUGGAAUUUUUACGUGAGGAAGUUGAAAAUGAAGCAACGAUGAGAUUAGUCAGAGCUGGAUUCGAAACAACAGCAAUUCAUGAAUCAUCAGGGAAAGAGAAAAAGAAGAACGGAUCAAAGGCGGAAGUUGCGAAAUCUAAGAACAAUGAAGGUAGCAUCCCAACCGCUGCCGGACUUUUUGCUGGACAGAAAUCAUACACGUGUAUUUUCUGCAGCAAGUCUCAUCCAAGCCCUGACUGUUUCAAGGCUCAGAACAUGAAUCUUCAAGACAAGAAUGAACUAAUUGAAGUAAAGAAAGCCUGUUCUAUUUGUCUCGGCACUGGCCAUCGCUCAAACAGUUGCAGGACCCCCGUCAAGUGUAUUUUGUGCUCAAGGAAGCAUCAGACAGUAAUGUGUCCAGAGAUUUGGUCACUGAGGAAAACUGGACACAAGACGCCAGAAGCAGAAUCACCAACAACAAUGAACGGGAUGGCCAUGAAUAGUCACGCAUGCUCCGGAGAUGUUCUACUCCAGACGUUAAUGGUUCGACUCUACAAUGAGGGUGGGGGAUACAAAGUAGCAAGACUCGUAUUCGACAAUGGAAGUCAAGGAACUUCCAUCCGUGUCAAGUCUGCCCAAGAUUUGAAGUUGAAGCCCAUUGGAGAGAGCUGGUCACGUAAAGUGUUAUACGGCGGCCAAGUCACCGAUAUGCCAAGUCACCGAUAUGAGCCGGAAAUUUGCGGUCAGUUAAGUCGCGUCCCGAAGGGUCCAUGGAUUCAAGAGCUAGCUGCAAUGAAGAUCCACUUGAGUGAUUUCAAAUCAGAGAAUGCGGAAAUCGAGAUCUUGGUGGGCAGUGACUACUAUGGACAACUCGUCACCGGGCGUGUUGUUCAACUUAAAUGUGGAUUGACAGCGAUCGAGUCAGUAUUAGGAUGGACACUGUGUGGGAGAGUUCCAGGGGAAACAAAUGUGGCCGCAGUCGUCCUUUCCACAGCUCUCAUGUCGUGUCAAACUAGUGUGUCUGAGUUGUGGAACCUCGAAACUCUUGGCAUCCGCGAUCCUGCUCAGGUCAAAUCGAAAACUGAACGGGAGGAAGCAACCAGACAACAUUUUCAAGAAACAGUGUCUCGUGGUGAAGACGGGCGCUAUUCAGUUCGAUUACCUUGGGUAAACGGACCUCCGAGCAUUCCCGACAAUAAAUCAAUCGCGAUGAGAAGAUUGGAGUCCACUACCAAGAAAUUACAAGAAGCUGGCAAGUUUCAAGACUAUGACCAGAUUUUCAAGGAGUGGUUGAGAGAAGGUUUCGUGGAGAAACUACACGUGUAUGAAGAAGAUGAAGAAGGCACUCACUACCUCCCUCAUCAUGCCGUGAUUAAACCACAGAGUCUCACCACCCCCGUUCGACCAGUUUUUGACGCCUCAUGCAAGACUGGAAGAAAUCCCUCACUAAAUGAUUGUCUAGAGAAGGGUCCCAAUGAACUGGAACUCAUCCCAUCCAUCAUUUUACGGUUCCGAGAAAAGAAAAUCGGCGUCAUCUCUGACAUCCGAAAAGCGUUCCAAAUGAUCGGAGUGCACGAAUCCGACCGAAAUUUUCUCCGAUUCUUAUGGUGGGAGGACGUGGCUGUGAAGAAAGUGCAAGUUUUCCGGCAUAUGCGAGUUGUUUUUGGGGGCAACUGCAGUCCAUUCUUAUUGGGAGCAGUUUUAUCACUACACCUCGGAGCGGCCGAUUUACCCCAGCGAAUAAGGGACAUCGCCCAGAAGCUGUUAAGAUCCAUGUAUGUUGACAACAGUGUCACAUCUGUAGACUCCAUAGAGGAAUACGAAGAGUUCAAGACAACUUCCAUUCAACUCCUAUCUGAAGCAAAAAUGGACUUACGUCAAUGGGAGUGUGGCUCUGCGGAGGGAUCCGGAAUCGGCCCAGCCGGGUGCGGAUUGGUGACUGGUGGAGACCACACCCCUCAAGAAAUGACGACAGUCCUGGGAUUGAAAUGGAACAAGUGCCUAGACGUCCUGAUGGUAGAAGUACCCAAAGUGGAUCUGCCAGAACUAAUUACUAAACGUGUAAUUCUGUCCCAAGUUCAACAGAUCUUCGACCCAAUGGGAUUUUUGAGUCCUGCAACAUUGGUUCCCAAAAUGCUCUUACAGAAGACGUGGGAAACGAAGAUGAAAUGGGAUGAGGAAUUAAGCGUGAACCUCAAGAAGGAAUUUUUAGCAUGGUGGAAUCAAGCAUCGGAUUUGGAGCAAAUUCACAUCCCAAGGUAUGCGAUCAGAUCCACACAUGACAAUCUACAACUCCACACCUUCUGUGAUGCCAGCCAAAACGCCUACGCAGCAGCGGUGUUUAUCAGAGUCGAAACAGAAGACGAAGUGUUCAUCCAGCUACUUCAAGCGAAGUCGAGGGUGGCACCAAUCAAUAAAGUGACAACUCCCAGACUUGAACUUUUGGGAUGUACUAUUGCUACACGUUUAACUUCAGCUGUAAAAAAAGCAUUGGCAUUUGAAGAUAUCCCUACAUUCUACUGGAGUGACUCCACCACAGCGCUCGCUUGGAUCCGGAGAAACGACGAGUGGGGGACUUUUGUGGGCAACAGGGUGAAGGAAAUUUGUUCGCUUUCAUGUGUAGAAGAGUGGCGACAUGUUCCAGGGAAGUUAAACCCAGCGGAUUUGCCAUCAAGGGGAUGUUCGCCGUCGGAACUACUUGACAGUCGUUGGUGGGAGGGUCCAGGGUGGCUCAAAUCCCCAGACGACGAAUGGCCACUGCAAGCAAGUGAAGCAAACGAAGAACAAAUCAUGUCCGAAGCCAAGAAGAAGUCCAUUCAGAUGAAUGCAGUGGAUACCCUGAAAUCUUUGUGGUACGUUCGCUAUUCGUCAUUUACCAAGAACGUCCGUCUAGUGGCACUUAUCAUCAGAUUUGCCAACAAACUGCGGAAGAAGAGUACAGAGAAAGGAGAGUUGAAACGGUGCGAGCUGGAAUCUGCAGAGGAGAAGUUAUUCAUCCUGGUCCAGCAAGAAACUUUCCCAACUACACGUGUACCGGAAGAUGUUAUUGCUGGCCUGCGUGUAUUCAGGGAUGAAGAUUCAACUUUACUCCAUGUCAAGACCAAACUCACCCAUCGAAAUGAUGACACCAACAUUUUUCGUCAACCCGUGCUACUCCCGAAUUCACAUCCAUUGGUGGACCAACUCAUCAGAGAGGAACACAUCUACAAUGCGCACGCUGGGGCACAAUUCCUCAUGGGACGGUUACGAGAACGGUGCUGGAUAAUCCAAGGCCGAAGAGCGGUCAGGAAGAUUAUCAAGAGUUGCGUCAUUUGUCGACGAUUCACCACCAAGGCCCCCAUUUUACAACAAGCCCCUUUGCCAGAAGAUCGUGUCAAGAACGCCAGAGUAUUUCAGACUACUGGAAUAGAUCUAGCUGGACCAUUGUAUUUGAAGGACGGGUCGAAAGUGUGGUUCGUCAUCUUUACAUGCGCCGUUUACCGAGCAAUCCAUUUGGAACUUGUUUCAGCAAGCAGUACGGACGCAUUUCUGCUCGCGUUGUUCCGCUUCAUCAGCCGCAGAGGUCGACCGUCAGUUAUCUACAGCGACAACGGGACCAACUUUGUGGGAGCGGACAACCUAUUUAAGAAGAUGGAUUGGAAAAAGAUCGAGUCUGCUACACGUGUAAGUAGGAUUACCUGGAAAUUUAACCCUCCAUCAGCAGCAUGGUGGGGUGGAUUCUGGGAGAGACUCAUCCGAAGUGUCAAGGAUUUACUGAAGAGAAUGUUGGGACACAGAAAGUUGGACUACGAACAACUUCUCACAUGUUUAUACGAAGCAGAGGCAGUAGUCAAUUCUCGACCUCUGACUUUGGUGACUGAAGAUCAAGACGAUCUCAUACCACUAACUCCAGCAAUGUUUAUCCAAGAUAUUGCGGAGAUCAAUUGCCCUGAAGUUGAGAACCUGACUGGGAUGGGACUGAACAGGAAGUACAAACAAAUGAAAAUUUUACACGUGGAGCUGCGAAAUCGCUUCCGGAAGGAAUACUUUGGCCAACUGGUUCAGCGAGGAAAGCACCACAGGUCAGUCUCAUUUCAAGUUGGCGACGUUGUUCUCAUCGGAGACGACAACAAGAAGAGGAUCGAGUGGCCGAUGGGAAGAAUCAUUCAACUCUAUCCAGGGAAAGAUGGUCAAGUGCGGGUGGCGAGAGUCAAGACCACAACGAACGAGUUCUUACGGCCCCUCCAACGCUUAUUCCCACUUGAAGUAUCCUCCCCCACUGAAGUCCCCUCUGUGCCCAAGGUGGUCAUGGAGAAAGCAGUAAGAAAGAAGAAGGAAAAGGUGAAGUUUGAGGAGAAGGAAGUCAUCACACGAGCUGGACGACGGGUCAAGAUGCCAACCAGACUUGGAGUGGAUGAUACCGAAAGGCACUAA